AUGCUAUAUAAAGUCUUAACAAAAAUUUCAUAUUUUGAUAGGUUUGGAGCAGAAGUGAAGUUAAAUUUCAGAAAAAAAGAGACUCAUUAAUCUCCUUUUGGAGGUUUCUGUACAAUUUUACUAGUCUUAGUUUUGACAGUGAUAUUCAUCAGAGGAGCAAUUGGUUUGAUAAAAAAAGAAACAUUCACUGUAUUAAAUAUAAUUAAUCUAAUAAGAUUUCUUCCACAAAAAUACUCAAUGUUGAUCCUCCAAUUACUUAACUCUAAUUUAAUGAUUUCAUGAUCGCAUUCUAAGCAGAAAAUCUCAUUGGAAAUAGAACCAAAAGAUUACUUAAUUUCAUAUUUACUUCAAAUGUGUAAAUGAUGGAUGAAAAUGGAAAUAUGACCAAAACAGAAACAUCAUCUUAUAAUUUAGAAUAAUGUACUAUAUAACAUUUUGUUGAAUUUGACUAAUCAAAUACAUAUAAUGUAGUAAUUUAUACUCAUUUUAGAAAUUACUGAAAGACCAAUUAUCUGAUUAUUACUGUCUUCCACUGAAUUACAGUCUUUAAAUUUAAGGUACAUACAAAUCAAAUAUAUUUUAAUAUGGUAAAAUUUAGGUAAUGAUUUGUUCUACAGAUGAUUGUUAUUCAACUGCUGAAAUCCUACAAUUCUAAUAAUUAGGUUAUUUUAAUAACAGUUUUAAAAUUAACACUUUAAUGCUAAACAGAGUACCAAAUUUAAAUAUGGAGAGUAAUUACAUUUCCUAUAUAUAUUCUGAUUAUUACAUAUAAGCUAAAAUUGGAUAAGAAACCAAGACUGAUGUAUUUUUAGAAUAACAAUAAUUAUCAAUAGAGAAAUCAGUCAUUCCUGGAAUCAAAGCAAUAGAACAAGAUUCAGUAUUUUCAAUUAUGGAUAAUAAAUUACAAUCUUCUUCUGUUUUUACUUCAAAUAUAACAAAAGUUGCUUCUUUUUUUAUUAGAUUGUCAUAAUCUGAAAUACAUUAUUAUAAAGAGUAUUAUCGAUUUGAUGAAUUAUUUUCUUAUGUUGGAGGAAUCACUUAAUUUUUAGCUACAAUUCUAGGUUAUUUCAUAUUGAGAUAUAAUUAAACAGGAUUAUAAAUUAAAUUAGCUAAUGCUUUAUAUUAAUUUGAUAUGCCAGAGAAAAAAAAAGGUGAGAUGGUAUUCUCAUUUGAAACAUUAGUAAAUAAAAUAUUUGAAUCUCUUAAAUCUAUAGAAGAUGUAGUAUCAAAAUUUAAGAAUAGUGCUUAAAGAGUUAUCACAUUAACAAGAUUGGCAGGAGCACUUAAAUUUACAAAUUAAUCUGUCUAGUAAAAUGAUAAGAUUGAUGAAGAAAUUGCAAAUUAAAUAACACUUAGAUUAGAAACUUAAAAUGAAAAUUUAAAGUCUGAAAAAUGUCAAUAUUCUCAUGAAAGUAAUUAAACAUUUUAUUUGGAAUAAGAUAAAAAGAAAUUUCUAACACUUAUAAUUUAAUUAAUUUUGGAAAGUAGAAAAAAACUAUCAUUUGGUGUUCAUUUCAUAGCUAAAUAAGUAUCUGGUUCUUUAAAGAAAAAUACAAAAAUCAAUUAUUAAUCAUAAUUAUUUGAAAAAUCUAGAAACAUGAUAUUAAGGGAUAUGGAUAUUCUAGUAAUUAUGAGUAAAUUAUAAGAAAUUGAAAAAAUUAAACAUGUCAUUUUUAAUAAAACAUAAAGAAAAAUAUUUAACUAUUUAUAAAAACCUGUUGUUUGUGUUAAAGAUAAAAUCAAUUAAUUUAAAUAUGAUCAAAGUAUAAUUCAAAGUGAUCUUUAACAUAAAAGAGAAGAUGCUCUUAGAUUAACAAGGUCUUCCAAAUCUUUACUUGGAGUAAGAUAAAAAUUCAAUACUGAAAAGAAAUUUAAAAAACUUUAUGAAGCUUAUGAAAAUCUAGCACUUUCAGAAGAUAAAGACGAAACUGAAAAAAUAAUUAAUCAACGUCUAUUAGAAUUAGUAGAGCCAACUAUAUAAUAUAGUUUUAAUUCUCUUGUUGAAAUAGAAAAAUUAUCUAGAUAACUAAGAUAUAAUAAAAAAAAGAGAGUAGCUACCAAUAUUUUGAAACCAAAAACUGUUAAAUUAGGAUCAUAAAAUGAUAUUGAAGAGGAUGCAGAAAAAAAUGAUGAAAUAGAUUCCUUCACUCUCAAUUUCUAAAAAAAAGACAAUUUUCAUAAGAGAUCACCAUAAAUUUUGACUGACAAUAGAUUUAAAAAUUAUAAUUAUAUGUAGAAUUCUAAAAGAUUACUAAAAGAUGUUAAAUUGUAUCAGGUUCAAUCUAAAUAAGAUUUAAUGGAUUAAGAGAUUUUGUUCUGA